CCUCGCCCGAUAACGAGCUCUCUAUCUUUCAACAAUCUCAGCGACCGAACCCAUCCCCCCUUCUCCGACCAUGACCGAUUCUUCUUGAAAUGGGCAUCCUCAUGGACGACAACAUACACGCUCCUACUGUGACCUCCGGUCCUUCGACGGACGGAGGUCCUCCGCGCGACCUCGCCAAGCUCACCAUCGUCGAGUUGAUGCAGGAAAAGCAACGCAUCGAAGAUGAACUCUCUGCGCUUAGUAGCGUGCUCAACUCUCAUGGCGUCAACAUGAACUCGACCCUGACCACGUUCGAUGGAUAUCCUCGGGAUGAUAUCGAUGUCGCGCAGGUUCGAUCUACGCGCGUACAAAUCAUUCGACUCCGGAACGACCAUAAAGACGUCAUGCGGUUUAUCGACUCGGCCAUCCAGGAUCAUUUCGCCAACACCCGUCGCGCGCAAGAUGCCUCUACGGCGAAUGGGAUACCAGGGUCUGGGAGCGACUUGGGCGGCAAUACUACCCCCGCUGGGUCGGCCGCUGGGUCGGCUGGGCCACCGUUUGCGCGGGUGAAUAGCGUGGUCGCUGCAAGUCCUGCAGAUCAAGCUGGCUUGAAGGCGGGAGACACGAUUCGCAGCUUUGGAAGUGUGAACUGGUUGAACCAUGAGCGUCUCACGAAGGUGGCCCAGGCUGUGCAACAAAACGAAGGACGCCCUCUCAUCGUUAGCGUCUCUCGCAAAUCCGACACCGACCCAAGCCGCAACAGCGAACUCCAAUUAGAGCUGGUGCCGCGUCAGAAUUGGGGUGGUCGUGGUCUACUCGGUUGUCAUCUGGUUCCACUCUGAUGUCCACCAAGGACUAGUUGGUUUUAUCGUUGUCUUAUGGCUGUCUCUACAAAUCGAUAACGAGAUAUGGGUUACAGACUGGUUGGGUCGUUGGAUUACCGGAAGGCAUCAAAGGGGCGUUACGUUAGGUUGGGCUGAUUUCAAUCAUU